AUGAGUGCCGAAGAGACCUCCACGGUAUCGACCACAUCACUUUUGGCAGAGCAGCGCAAUUUGUUGGAGAGCAGCACGAGCACCAACGCCGACGUCACUGCGCACGUUCAGCACCCGUCAGACGAUGCGAGUAGGGCGGAGCGCAGAGCCUGGCGUGAGCAACAGCGUCUGCAUCGCAUCAACGGCCGAUUAACUGACAUUGGCUUAAACGACAUUGCUGCGGUUAGAGGCGGAAAGUGUGAUUUUUUCAUUGAAAACACGAUAGUUUGUAUUCGUGGUUCAUGUUCCCAGUUUGACGCCCGAGGAGGGAGAACAAAGAAGCUGAUGCCGCCGCAGACGCACGACUGUUGUCAAACCUUCUCCACCAUUGCCGCGGUCAUACUUUCCUCACUUGGGUUGGCAGUGACGAUGCAAGAGUGCAGUGACGUUUCCACCGUCAACUAUUUGUUGUACAUUUCGGCCUGGCUGCACCAACUUUCGGCCCCGCUCUGGCCGCAGCGACGGGCGCGACCCACCGUUGGUGACCUUAACACCGCUCUUAGACUUCAUGAGUUUUUCCCUAGUCAAGUGAAUGAGGGGGAAUUCGAAGUGCUCUUUUAUAAUCAGCGAGACCGAGCAAAGGAGCUUGUAGAUCAGUUGUGCCGCACGGUGAGGCGUAGCAGAGAUGCUGAUAGUUCCCCUUCGGUGUGUGGCUACAUCAUCGCAUCAGGCGACUACACCGUAUCUAUUUUUUCGCUGGCACAUGAUGUGAAGGGUCGCCCCAAUGCACGCUAUAGUGAGGCGUGGAGUCUGUACAUCUGCGACUCCCAUGGCACACAACCUUGGUCUUGCGGCAAGGCCUGUCUGACUGGCAUCACCGUUGGAGUAUCUAAGGCGGGUGCCGAAGUGAGUAACGGUGUGGUGGCAAAGGAAGAAGGGCUGCGGUAUUUCGCCAUGAUCCUAUUCGCUCUCCUGGAGGAUCAUCGUACGAAGACAACCAGUUCACAACAGGUGCCCUACAUGACGUGGUCCCCUAUUAGGCGUCCAAGGGCAAUUCUUUGCACGGCACAGGAGCUAAAAAGGGUCAUUGACGAUGGCUGGAUUCCGUCCCUAAUGAAGAACGCGGUGAUUGCACGAGAGGCCAAAAAGUAUGGCUUUGUCCCGUUGAAGUGCUUCUUGGGCCUUUCAGCCUCGAAACCCGCGACGACGAACGGCACAACGGAGCCAAGCUCAGGCCCCACCUAA